CGGCGGCGGCGGCGGCGGCAUGGCGGAGCCGAACGGGGCCGAGACGAGGCCCCCCAUCCGCGUCACCGUCAAGACCCCCAAGGACAAGGAGGAAAUCGUGAUCUGCGAGCGAGCCUCGGUCAAGGAGUUCAAAGAGGAGAUCUCCAGGAGGUUUAAGGCCCAGCAGGAUCAGCUGGUCCUGAUCUUCGCAGGCAAGAUCCUCAAGGAUGGAGACGCCCUGAACCAGCACGGGAUCAAGGAUGGGCUCACCGUCCAUCUGGUCAUCAAGACCCCGCAGAAGGCUCAAGAUCCAGUGGCCGCCACCGCUUCUCCCCCCUCCACUCCCGACCCUGCCUCGGCACCCUCCACCACCCCCGCCUCACCGGCCACCCCUGUGCAGCCCUGCAGCUCUGGCAGCAGCGCUUCAGAUGCAGGCAGCGGAAGCCGGAGGAGCAGUGGUGGGGGACCCUCCUCGGGGGCUGGGGAGGGCCCGCCCAGUGCUGCUGCGUCAAUUCUCUCUGGAUUUGGGGGCAUCCUGGGCCUGGGCAGCUUGGGCCUAGGCUCUGCCAACUUCAUGGAGCUGCAGCAGCAGAUGCAAAGGCAGCUGAUGUCCAACCCUGAGAUGCUGUCGCAGAUCAUGGAGAACCCCCUGGUGCAGGGCAUGAUGUCAAACCCUGACCUGAUGCGCCACAUGAUCAUGGCCAACCCGCAGAUGCAACAGCUGAUGGAGCGGAACCCCGAGAUCAGCCACAUGCUCAACAACCCCGAGCUCAUGCGGCAGACAAUGGAGCUCGCUAGGAAUCCAGCCAUGAUGCAGGAAAUGAUGCGGAACCAGGACCGGGCCCUGAGCAACCUGGAGAGCAUCCCCGGGGGGUACAAUGCCCUCCGCCGCAUGUACACCGACAUCCAGGAGCCCAUGUUCAGCGCUGCCCGGGAGCAGUUUGGCAACAAUCCCUUCUCUUCCCUGGCCGGGAACUCCGACAGCUCAUCCUCCCAGCCUCUUCGGACUGAGAAUCGAGAGCCCCUCCCUAACCCCUGGAGCCCCUCGCCCCCCUCCUCCCAGGCCCCCGGGUCCGGUGGGGAGGGCACCGGAGGAUCGGGGACCGGCCAGGUGCACCCGACAGUCUCGAACCCCUUUGGGAUCAAUGCGGCUAGCCUGGGGUCAGGAAUGUUCAACAGCCCAGAAAUGCAGGCGCUCCUGCAGCAGAUCUCUGAGAACCCCCAGCUGAUGCAGAGUGUGCUCUCUGCCCCCUACAUGCGUAGCAUGGUGCAGAUGCUCGCCCAGAACCCCGACUUUGCUGCUCAGAUGAUGGUGAAUGUGCCACUUUUCGCGGGGAACCCGCAACUGCAGGAACACCUCCGUCUUCAGCUCCCUGUCUUUCUGCAGCAGAUGCAGAACCCGGAGUCACUGUCCAUCCUCACGAACCCUCGCGCCAUGCAGGCCUUGCUGCAGAUCCAGCAGGGUCUGCAGACUCUGCAGACCGAGGCCCCUGGGCUGGUACCCAGCCUUGGCUCCUUUGGCAUGUCCCGGACUCCAGCACCCUCAGCAGGCAACAACUCUGGGUCUGCGGCCGAGGGCCCCACCUCCUCCUCACCAGGCAUGCCAGCCUCAUCUCCUCCCACAGGGCCUUCCAGUGCCCAGCAGCAGCUCAUGCAGCAGAUGAUCCAGCUUUUGGCUGGAAGUGGAAGCUCACAGGUGCCGGUGCCAGAAGUGAGAUUUCAGCAGCAGCUGGAGCAGCUCAACUCUAUGGGCUUUGUCAACCGCGAGGCCAACCUACAGGCCCUGAUUGCCACGGGAGGGGACAUCAACGCGGCGAUUGAGAGACUUCUGGGCUCCCAGCUCUCCUGAUCCCUUGCCCAUGCCUCCUGCCUUCCCCCCACCUUUGGUUCCUCUGUCAAGCUCCACCUCUGCAGCCUGUCCUUCUGUCUUCUUUCUAGCCGCCCACGAGCAGCAGGGUGACCUUAGAGGCAUGGGCCCUGACCACUCCGGUCUGCCCCAGAAUGGUGAUUUUACUGCUGGGUCAAAGAAUCUUCUCUCCUGGUUCUCCUCAAGCAGAGCUAUGGAAGCAGUUUUCAGUUAGGUCACUUGGCCCACCUCCUUGCCACACCUGCCUUUGUAAUAAGCAGGCUUCUCUUUGGGGUUGCAGUGAAAGAACUUCCCAGUUGUUCCCCCCUCAACACACAUACACACCUGGCACCUGGUCUACUGGAACAGUCUUCCAUAGGUACCACUAGGGUUAGGGUCUAGCUUGCCGUAUACUUACACUCGGUAACUCUUCCCCCCCCCCUUUCCCCCUCCUCCAUCCAUGCCCAGACAGUGCUAGAAUUCUCCCUCCCCUCUGCAGGUGGAAGUAGACUGUGACUUUUGCCUCAGCCCCUCUUCCGGUUCAUCUAGCGCUUGUUCACGGGCUCUGUUGAGGCUCUAAGGCAAGGAGGAAGACGCCUGUUCUUGUCCAGAGAGGAAGAUGAGACAGCGCUCUGGGCAGAAGUUAACAAGAACAGAGCAGUGGAGACUGGUGAUGAAGAGGAAGCCUUCUUGGAGGAAGGGAAUGGGGGAGGCAGCCUGAUCUGAGGGCUUGGGAGCUGGAAGUGACAGGGGUACAGGUGCACCAAUAGCUUUUAGCCUGGAAAAUCUAGGCCCAGGCCUGUCGAAGAGAAGGAGAGAGACUGAUGGAGUUUGAAUUAAGAAACGGGUUCAAUGAACCUGCACAGUCUGAGCCACACGGAUGGCUCCAUUUCCUCCGCGUGCAUGCACACGUUUCCACAGACCCAGGACCUGCCUGUCUCCAGGCCCCGGAAAUAUGAGCCCCGCCCCCACAGACGCUAAAAGCGGGCUUGGGAUUUACGUGAGCAGUGUGGUGACGUGUGUGCACACGCGUGUGUCGUAUGGGUAUGCACACAUGCAAGAUAGGGUGGUGUGCCAGGUUCCUUGAUUUCUGGUUCAGAGCUCAGCAGGGACAAGUGAGUCCAAGGAUCAGACUCCAGCAGGAAUAUGCUCGUUGGAAGAGCCGAAUCCCAGGCCACUGGGUGCUGAGUAGCAGAAGGCAGUGCGGGCAGCUCUUCUGACACCACCGGCUCUUGACGCCCCUGCCACCCAGCUGCUCUGGUGGAAUAACCGGAUCCUCCCCCGACAGCCCCUAACCUCAGUGCUUCACUGUUCCCCUCCGCUAGAAAGUUCUACGUGAAGAAAGGAAGGGGAGAGUGGCCGUGACGUUUUCAGUAUAGAAUUGGACAUUGCUCUCUGUUGAAGCAUGGAGAGCUCUUACUGCUCCCGUGUGCUCGGCUACUUGGGGGACCCCUGGUGAGCGUGCAGAGGGGAGGGUAGAAUCACCUUCCAGUCGGGAAAGGGUCCCACGCUGUCCAGAGACGUCUGCCUUUCCCUUUCCUACCUCCCCCUGCUCCCCCACUCUGGCCUUUGUAAAUAAACGGUGUGAUCAUG